UCUCCGUCUCAGUUGACACAGACGAGCCGGGCAGUUGGGUUUGGGAACUGGGACGGUUAGUUGUGUGACUGUGACGGUUGACCGUCGUUAGUGUAGGAGAGAAGGGCGCCAACCCUUGACCCAGCAGCGUUGGACGCUUAUAGGUCGAUGUUGAGCGGAAGACUGGAAGGAAGGAGAGCCUGAAGAAGUAGCAGAGUAGAGAGAGAGAGAGCGAGUUCAUAUACGUAGCGUGUGCGUGGCAAUUUUCAGACUGUAAAGCGUGACUGACAUUAGUUAAGGGAGAGAGACGCAGCAGCUAGGAAGGAAGUUCUCUCCCUGUCUGUGCCAGUUGCUGCUGCUGCUGCUGCUGCUCUGCUGUCUUGUGUUUCAGUGUCUUGAUAUGCUCGCUGUGUCGUGGUACAUAGUCGACCAAGAUGUGCUGUGAAGGACGUCUGCUUUUUAUUUGCGUUUUUUUAAAGAGUAAAACGAUUUAAUUGUCGCUGGCGGGAAACCAGAAUGGAGUGCUUAUUGUUUGUUGUUAUUUAAUAAAUUUCUGCUAGUCGAGACGCGAAAAGUGAUCUAUAGAUUGCAUGUUGCAUAAAGAAUAAAACUAUGUGACACGAGCGUUUUAAAACAAGUUUAAACCCAACAGCCAUUAUAUAGUAUAUUCCUUGUGUUUUGCUUGAGAACCAAGAGAAAAGAUCAAUUGCGAUUCCAUUCUUCUUCCUCCAGGGAAGUUGCGUGACGAUAAUGACACCUGAACGUGUAAUUAAAAAGCUCGGUCCGAGUUGACCACGACACCGUGAGGUUUAUGCAGGGCGAUGAAUGGUGGUCUUGUCUUCCUAGAAGGAAACGUCAGCUAUUAUUAUUAUUUUCAUCAUUAUCACCAUUCAAAAUGACCGAAACCUCUGUAUGGAACAGGUCCAUAAUGUGGAACUGAGAAAAAUGAAAAUGGAGUCAAUGCGAAGGAGUAAAUAAGUAAACGGAUCACUGGAAAAUCAAGACCGUGAAUAAUAUCAAGAAGGAAACGCCAAGAGAGAAAUAAAAAAGAAAUAAUAAUAAGUGAGAACUCAGGAAGGAAAUUUCACUGAAACUUUGAAAUUCAUAGCACCAGGCAAGGUCCUUCAUGUGAGGAAGGAUGAAGACCCACCCCAGCAAGAGGGUAUCCUUCGUGCCCGUGCCCACCGAGGAACGAGAAGGGACGGAAGAGGGGGACGAUUUGGUCCAAGAUGGAGAGCAGCGACCCAGGAGCAAGUUCACUGUAUGGAAUGAGAUUGUCAUCUGGUGUUCGCUCCUCUUCUACGUGGGUGACCUCUGCCUUGACCUCUGGACCUGUUCCGUUCAUUUUAACACCAAGAAGCCCAAAUCGGCGUGGUUCAUCUUCUUUGCAAUUCUGCUGCCCAAUUUGUACGCUGGAUAUAAGUCGCUGCAAUGGUACUUAAGAGCCCACGCCCUUACUCCGCUGAGGAAGCCUCACAUAUGGAUGAUCCGGGUCUUCUUCUUCCCCAUCAGUCCCAUACUCAGGUACCUGGACGCUUGGUGGUACGGCUUCCGAGCCAGACAGGCAUGGAAGAAGCACAAUUACGGACAGGAGAAGAAAUUCUUCGAGGGCUUCCUGGUGGAGAGCGCCGAGGUAGCCAUGUUGAGGCUGGUCAUUAUCUUCCUGGAGGACGCGCCCAUCGUCGUCUUGAACCUGGCCAUCUUGAUCGAGGCUCCCCCGGGGGAGUGGGCCAUGGCUCCGGGCAUUAAAGAAGAUCCCGAAGCCGUUCGUCUGGGGCUGGUCAUAGCCAAGCUAGCCUGCACCAUGACCUUGGGCGUGGUGCAUUACAUGUCCUGCAACAAACUCGCUUGGCAUUUGGCACAUUCCCGGGAAGAGGAUGGGCAUGGGACCCACACCCCGUCCUCGACCGCUCCCGCAUGGGAGAGGAAGGGCAUUCUUUCUUGGGUGGCUGAAGUUACCAUAUAUUGCUGGCAAUUACUCUCGAUUGGCUCCAGAGUGACUGCGUAUGCCCUGUUUUCUGUGGUACGUUUCAAUCUCCUUUGGGUGCCCAUCAUAAUCCGUUGGUUAAUUCACACCUUGUGGAUCUACUUUGAUGUUCGUGAGAUGUCCGUCAUCAACUCUGUUGCAUUUGGGGGCGUUUACCUCUUCUCCUUCGUUACAACUUCACCAGGGCACCAGAUACUACGCAUCCUACUAUAUUACGUGAUAACUUUUGGAGAAAACAUCAUAAUUGCCAUUUUGUGGUCGUAUUAUGCUCCAGAUAACUACUUCCAAGCCUGUGGUCUUGCUGUCAUGUUUGGAGGUGCAAUUGGAGGCCUCAUAUUCCUUAUGAUCUACUAUUGCUGGUGUCAUCCUGACAGGCAGAACAUUUGGGCCUGGCAAAAAUUCCAUGAGCUGCGGGAAAAGCGACAGAACAGACCAGGCAUUGUGUAAUAGGCUGUAUAUAUUAUUAAUAUACAAUUCAUAAAAAAAUAUAAAAGCUCUCAGGACGAAAGGUUGGAAGUGAACAGGAACUUUUUGUACUAUGCAGAAGUCCUUGUCUUUUCUAUGCUGUCCUGUUAAAUGGCAUUUUGAUUGCUUGAUGGUAAAUUCUCUCAGUGUUUUAUGGUAGUUUGGAAAUUGUCAUUAGAAGAACCUUUCAAGUAAGAUUUACCUUUUGCUAGGAGUUAUAGUUUGUAAAAAUAUUCUUUGUAUGGAUUGUACAAAUCAGUUAUACACCAACAUGUAUACAGUACAUAAAAUUGCCAAUUUUAAAUGUUAUUAAGCAACCUUCUUAACAAGAACAAGCUUAGUAAUUAUAAAUGUGAAAUCCUGUUGAGUGAGAAAACAUAUUUUGAUAAUAAGAAAAAUGCGAGUGUUUUAAUAUGGUGAUUUGGUGGGUAUUAAGUGCAAUGUUACUAGUAAGGACAUUUUUCAACUAUUUAUUCAGCCAGACCUAGUCAUUAUGUUCAUUGUAAAUAGUAUCUUUUAUUAUGAGUCUAAGUGAUCAUGGCUUCCAGGAAGGUUCACAGUACAUCACUAGAAUUUGUAGUUGUUCAGAAGUUGUUUUCUGAGGAUUGAUUGACAAUGAGGUUGUGCAGAAAUGUAGUUUUACAUAUUUAGUCUGUCACUUGAUUCAAGCUAUACACGCUGAAUUUGUUAUUCAGUAUCUUGAAUUUUUUCAUUGUUAUGCAUUUGAAUAAUAUCUGUGGUUCCCCUGGUCUUUCUUAAACACUUAGAUUUUACAAUGCAGAUGAUGCCAGUCUCUCAAUGAAGCAUCUGUGUAACGCGAAUUCUUAUCGUAAUGCAAAUAGAAUACUUAAUAUGGAAACCUAGUCAAACUUCUUGACAUACGUACUUGGUUUGUGUUUGUUAGGAGGGAGAAAGGUUAAUUAUUUUUGAAAGUGCUAGUUGUUUUAAGGCCCCGUCAUAUUUGGCUGUUUGGUGAGACAUUUUGUGAAAGUUGUUGAAAAAGAUCUUUUUAUUCUUGUUAACUAAUUCAGUAAGCCUUUUCUGUGAUGCUUAAAUAAAAGAUAUAUUUUAUGUAGCAUAUUUGAAAUGAAGACUUAUGUGCCUCUUCUGCAAGCUCUUGAUAUAUAUUUGUACCUCCCUCUAACCACUUGUGCCUGUUGAAUACCAUGUAAACAUUUGUGCCUUUUGGUUGAAAUAAUUAUAGGAGGAAAAUCAUAUAAGCAUUCAUGCAUUUUGAUUUAGCUCUGGAAUCAAUUUGUGCCUUGUCAGUAUGAUAUCUGGUAUUCCUUGAAAUAAGACAUUUUAUUUCAUAUUUGGUUCUCUUAUGUGAGAUUCAAGUGUGUGUGACAGGUAAUCACUUUUGUUGACCAGUUUUGCUUUGCAUUUAGAAGAGGUAUAUAGAAAGUAAAAUAACAUCGCAAUGACUGUACAAGGAUCCUCAAAGUUCUUCUGUGUGAUAUGGCAGGUAGAAUUUAUAGAAUGCAAUGUACUAUAACUACAAAAACUAUAUACAUAUUAACAAACCAAGUUAGCAACACUAAAUAGUGCCACAACGGUCAAUGAUUCAUAUUCUUAUGUUGUAAUAUGGAAAUCUUGGGAUUUAGAGAUAAAAGCAUACAGAAACAAAUUUGGGGUAUCACCUUGAAGCUGAUUAAGACAGGAAAAACAAAAAUGUUGAUACAGGUGUGAUUUUGUACUAGAAUAACUAUUUUCUUUAUAUUUUAUGUUUACAGGCCCUGUAGGUACUAUUUCAAACAUUUGUACUGUGUGAUAUAUACAUUUUUUUUAUUGUAUCAUUAACUAAAGCCGCCAUGUGAUAAUUGUUCCAUUGUUUGUUAUCCCUAGUUUUACAGAAGACAGUAUCUUCAUCACCAUGGUAAGGGAAAGUUAAACCUUUGACAAAUUAAAUAUCAUUACUCCUUGACUCUCUUAACUUCCCAUCAAGCCAUUUCACUUUCUUGCAACUUGUAUUUAGUAUCCCUUAUUUUCAUGACCCACAACAGUCAUCAUUAUAUGAAGAUUUAACAAUUUUGUAUCACUUAUUGAAGCAAUGUCGCUGAAAAGGCAUUAAAUUUGUAAGUCAGGGCAACCUUACUCUUAUAAAUCAUCAGGUCAUUGAUGAGAUCACACCAGGUCUGGAGCAUUUGAGUAGUUGGUAAUAGGGUGCUGUACUUAUAGGGUGUGCAAUUUCAAAAGAACACCUUAAAAAUAUAUAGUGUUUAUUUUGUCUGUGAGAAUUUUGUGAGUGAGAGAUUGAACACUAUAGUUAAGUAGUGUGUGCUUGUCUGAGAACUAAAAAUGAACCAGUCAUUUGGAUGUGAUGCCGAAUACAUCAAACUUCAUAGGUGGAAUGAGGACUGUGGGUGUGUGUUGUUGAAUUGCAAAAAAACACUAGAAAUGAAACGACUAUUUGCAUGUGAGGUGAAAAAUAUUCUUGAAGUUCCUAUCUUCUGUUCCUUUGUGCUGUACAUAACAUGUUGAAAACAUUUAAUCUGGAGUAAAUCCUUUUCUAAAGGGUUUUGAUGUGGAAAAGGCUAAUUGGAGAGGCUGCUGUGGUAGUGUUUUUCACUCGCCCCAGAUUCAUACCGACACCCUUUUAGAAAGGGUGAGUGAGUCAGAAUAUUCUGGCAUGUCCAAUUUAGCAGUUCUCUGGUAUUUUAGCAAUAAUUUACCUUAGAAAUAGUGCUAAAGGAACGUAUUUCACGGAGCGACACGGCUUCCUCGCCCAGAAAUAGAUUUUUCCUACAUCAAAAUCCCUUUAUUAGGCAUGCACUUUUAUUAGAUAGUCAAAUGUACAGGGUUGUGCCUCUCUUCACGUAAUGCAUUUUACUUUUGGGAUUUUCAGUUCUAUAGUAUUCCAAGAAACUGCUAUUUUGAAGAAUUAAAGAUAUCAUUUCUUGUUGAAGAUAUAACCUUUGCAAUCUAUUAGUUGAUAAGUUCACUACUUUUCAAGGUUUAGAAGACUUGAAAACAUGUUUAAAUUUUAUGAAGUUCUCUUCUUGGGAUAUGUAGAGGGUAACGCAUUUAUCGGCAAUUAAAUUGAAGUACGUACUGUAUAAAGCUCAGUGCUAAAAUUUGUGUACAUCCAGAUUUUAUUGUGAACUGUGUAGUUGCUAAACUUUUCCUGUCAUGUAGUGAAAACAAAAACUUGAAUUGACAAGAAACGGGUAAACAAAUACAUAGAGAGAAAAUAACAAUAGAAACAUUUCUGAGCCUUACCCCUAUCAAUUUAAACAAAUAUUUUAGAUUUAUCAUGUUACAAAAAGAAUGAAAAUAUCCACACCUUAGCAGAGCUAAUUCUUCAUUUUUUUGUUUAGUUCACUGGCAACAAUUUACUUCAUGAGAACUUACAAAUGAGGUUUAAGAUACAUCUUAUUUUAUUUAUUUUAAAGAAUUUCUUUUCUAAGCAGAUCUGUGAUUAGUAUGUGAAAAUUCUUAAGUAUCUUUACUAAGAAAAAUUGUAGGAACUGUGAAAGUAUUGAAAGAAAUGAGAUAGUUUUGUUUAUCAUAGGAUGUUAAAAUUACAAUGACUCCUUUUGAAAUUACAUAUCUGUAAAAUCAGUGGCAUUUCAUAAUUUGCCUCCAUUUGUAGCAAACUUUUCUACUUUUUUUCUUUUCAUCCAUGCCUUUGUUUACUUCUAUAGUGCAUAUUGGUAUUUUACGUCAACUAGCUCACUAUGAAGGUAAAACCCACAGUGUGCCAUUGGCAGUGCUCUAUAGGCUGUACCAGUGAUUCAUAUUGCAUCCCCUCCAUUCCCAUGAAACAUUUCUGACCUUUCACUUUUCUGCCGUUCCCCUGAUUUCUUCUUGACUAGUUGUCCAUCUUUCAUUUUUACACAAUAUUUGUGAACAAACCCAACUUCAUGGAAGUAAAGAAAAGUGACUUAGUGUUUUGCAUAAAUUAGUGAACACUGAUAGCAAUUACUGAGAAUGCAAAUUACUGUAUUAUGAUAGGUGCCACCUUUUGCACCUACAAUUACAAUUCCUAUGUAAGCUAUCAUUUUGUGCUAUACAAAAGCAUGUUCACAUGCAAGUGUGAGAAGAAACAAGGCUUACCAUUCAGUUGAAAGUUUGUCUUGUUUCAUACCAUAUAUUAUAAGAGAGACAAUUGUAAGACUGUGAAAGCUAUAGAUGUUGUGAUCUUUAACUGUAUAAUUAAAACACUACCGAAUUCAUUGUAGUCCUCUUGAUGUUUUUAAUGUUCUUUUAAACAGAAAUUAAUGACAGAGAAUGUAUAUUUUUAGAUAUCUAGUAUUUUUUUCAUGCAAUUACCUAUACAUGAACUUGAUUACUGUAUCAUGAACAGUUUUGUAUCAAAUCUAUUCAGACAAUGCAAAGAUGGGUAUUUUUAUUACGUACUGUUGUUACUUUGUAGUUGUAUGCUGCCUGCCAUGUACGUAUUAAUGCUAUUAAAUGAAUUUUAUACAA